UAAUGGGGUGGUUUUUUUGUGGUUUUUGGUUUUUGGGUUUUUUUUCAAUUUACCAUGUCCAAAACUCCUGGUCUCAGGGUAUUAAAUGGCUUUCUUACGAAUGAGAUAGUUGGCUUGAUAAAACCAGGAUCUGUUAAGACCUGAGUCUGGUAGCUGCAGUUAAUCUGGUCCAGGCAAUAGGAAUUAAACUGCACUUUGACAUCUGAGCUUGUAUGUAAGCCUCUGAAGUGAUGUGCUGUGAGCAAAUGUGGAGGAGCUGGCAGGGCCUUAACAAACUUCCCUCUGUUCUGUCAGAGUUAAUUUGGUAUUAACUUCUCAUAGGAUCUACACUACCUGUGUGUUACUGAAAAAUACACUCCUUGUCUCAAUCUGCCACUCUCCCUCCAGAGAAAAGGUGCCUGCAUUCAGUCUUUGUCCCCAAACUGCUGGAGAACUUUAAUGCACCUUUUAGGUGCCAGAUGCUAUACUACCUGUGCUGCAAACACCUGGCUCAACAGCUUCAUCCUAGAAUGAUGACCUAGUAGGAAACAGCUGGAUUUGUUUGGUGUGGUGUUCUUUGGGUUGGUUCUUGUAGCUUCUCUGUGCAGGGCCAAGAGCAGGAUUCUAUUGGUUUUUGUGUCUUUUCCAACCCAGGAUAUUCUGUUGAUCACCUGCAGCAGGUUUUGCCACUCACCUCUGACAGUAUUCAGUGACUUUCAGGAGCUCCUAUGCAUAGUAUUUGUUCUGGAACAGGAGCUUUGUUGACUGUUUCUGGCACGUUUUCUGCAGGUGCCAGAUUUGCUCUUGCUGACAGUUCCACAGUUGACUGCACUGUGUUGGAAAGUGCUGCCAUCCUGCACUCUGAGACAAAGGGCCUUCCCAGUUUUCCUGUCAGUUCUUGUGCUGCAUCAUUCAAAUGUGAGCACACUGCUGCAGGGACUAAACUGUGUUUUAGGCUUCUCUCUGAACUUAAGAUCAGUGACCCUGAUGUUUGAGGGGUCUUUAUUAUCUGACUUUGCAAAAGCAAUUUGGUUUAUGGCUUGAAGCAUAACAGAUAACAGUAAAAGUUCUGGACAGAGCAGUUGUCUCAAAAGUACAUAGGCUUUCCAUUACCAAGACUUUUAUCAUGUCUGAUAAUUUUCUUCAGUGGUUUUGGCUUUUUUGGAAGUGUGUUUAUCCUUUUUACAGCAUCAUUCCAGUGAGGGUGAGGGGCUGCCAGAUUAUCAGCUAGUCAGGUGCUUCUUGAGUAUGUUCAGUACAAAAUCAUGCUCAGUGUGCGCUCUGGUGGCCCUUUGUUGGGUCCAUUGCAUGUGGUGCUGCAGUCACUAGACCUCUUCACUUUUCAUGAAGCUUCCAUCUGUGACUGGUUCAGGUUGGACACACAAGGAGCAAUUUUUAUAUAAACAGAUAGUGGCUUGCCUAAAUUCAGGAUGAGCUUCACAAGUCAGUGAUAACUUUUCAUAAGAUUUUAAAAGGUGACUAUAUUCUUUUAAAAACACCUGAUUGCAGUAAUGUUUCUGCCUGUGACUGGACUUCUAGGAGACCUCUUUCUAUCAACAGACUUCUCAGACAACCAGAGGCAGUGUUGUCAGUAGUAGGACCCAUUCUCCUUCCUUCUUCUCUCUAUUUAUGGUGGUUUUAUCUGGGUUGAAUUGAUUCUGCACUGUUUGAGGAGCAUAGCCACUUAAUCCUAAGGCUUCCAAUGCAUCUCUGUUCUUCCAUUCUUUAACUGGGCUCCUGUUGUCUGACACAUGUCUGCAGUUGUGCUUGUUUUCUAAUGAAACAUGGGACGAAAUCAAGACUGGUAGCCUGUAUGUAGUUUUUAGUUUACUCAAGAAAUAAAUCUAAUUUCAAAAAAGACAAUCUGUAAUUUAAGAACUAAAGCAAUAGGACUUGGAAAUUCUCAUCAUGCUUCUAAUUUUUCUAUUAGCAUUAUUCUUUUCUAAUAUUCAUCUCCUUAAUGCUUAUCUAGUGAGUUCUUGGGUGUCUUUCAGAACUCUAAGUGGAGUUCUGUUAUUUAAGGACUCAGUCCAGCUUGGCUGUUUAGUUAGAACAGGGAUGGAACAACAGAAUCAUCUCUCCUCAUUGAAACACAGAGCUGAGACAUCUGCAGCAAGAACUGAGUUGCCUUAGGUUCCUUUUAUAGCUGAGAGUGCCAGAAGAAGAGUCAUCAGAAAAUCUUACCUGGGAGCAGUCUCAGACAGCUCUGUUCUUUACUUUGGUGUUGACUCUUGAAUUUCACAGUGCUGGUUAAGACCUGCUGAAUUGGCAGUCAGAGAAAGAAGAUUCUUCUACUUUAGCUCAGGGAUUUUUGUUACUGAUACACCAAGUGUAUCAGUAACCUUCAGGAAUUUGCUUAUUGUUGUGUUAUUUCAGCUCGUAUCUUUGAAACCUAACGUGCCAGGUAUUCCUAUAGCCAGCUUUUGUAGUUUGGGGAAAAUUGUAAUGGCUCCUUUUUCCUGACUAAUUUGUAGAUACUACACAAAAUCUGUCAGUUUGGGCAUUUAGAUUAGUUUAAAGUGUGUCGUAUUUUCAGCUGAACAUGGACAACAAUUGUUGUAUUGAUAAAAGUCAAAAUAAGCCUUUUUCCUCUUUUACAAUAAUCAGUCUUCAUUUUUCCACAUUGCUGUUAGAGCUGUUGAACAGCUGUAGAUUUCUCCCUUGGAUGAAUGAAGAGCACAACAUUCCAGGUGGCAUUUGGUUGCUUGGUUCCAGUAAUGAGCAUAGCUGAGGGUAUGUAUCUGCAGUUUCCUUUGACCAUUCACCAGAAUGGUCUCCAGAAGAAUGGGAAAUAUUCAGCUGAUUCCCAUCUUUUCAUGAAGCUGUGGCAGAUCCAUGCAGACGCACUGCCACAGCCUCCUUGCUGCAGCAUGAGUAAUGUGACAACGCCAGCAUCAAAACAGUUCUGACAGCACCUAGCAAAUGAGGGAAGUGCGUGGGAGGGUACUGAAAAAGGAUUUAAAUGGUAUAGUAUGCAUGUUAAUUUUAAAACAAAACUGAGCGAGGUCAGAGAGCCUGAAGAGGUGUCUUUGGCCUGGAAUUUUGCAUUUAGGAUACGUUCUCACUGUUAUGAAUGGUUCCAGUGGCUGUGAACACCUUCAGUACACGAUGCAGGAGAGAAAUGAAACAGGCCUGUUGCCUGGGUGCUUCUACCUCCCAUGAGUUACUGCCUGGCAGCGUGGGCUCCUCAUGCCUUCCAACACCCCAGGAACUGGGAUGCUCUCACUGUUAUCCACACUGCUGGCUGAAGGAAGAGCUGCCUCCUCACAGGCUGUAGGCAAGGUGGGUGGCUGGUUUUCAUAUCCAGGCUGAAGUCCUCCAUGUGGAGUUAGGAGUCAACCUGUCUUUACAGCCCAACAAGUGUGCUAUAGACCAAAGCAAACUGCUUCAAGAAGUGCAGUGACUCAAUCCCGCAGUCUUGCUGAAUAUAGGGAGGCAUGGCAGUGUGUUGUACCCGUGGACCUCCAGAGACACUUCAGACAUGGGGAUCAGAUGGUUGGGAAUGAGCUGAUAUUAGUUCAUAUGCUUGGACUCUGUCAUUUCCUCAAGUGCUGCUGCUUCUCUUGAAUACAGUAUCUCUGCAACUUUUGGGCUAAUGUUCUUGCCUAUCCUCACAGCAGGGAUUAACUCAAACUUCCUUCCUGAUAGCCCCAAGUAAUUAAAAAGAAAUGACAGUGUCUUGGGUGCAGGAUAGUGUGCAUGGAUGCCUUUAGUGCGGGUGGUGGAUGCUAAUGGGCUGCAGGUACAGGUACAGAGGAGCGGUUAACUUGCAGACAGUUCCAUGGAAAACAGGAGUGAUGUGAUACAGAAGAGCAAGGAAACUGGUGAUGGGGAGCGGCUACACCAAAGGGCUAAGCAGCUCAUGUGGUUUGGAACUGUGGUUGCCUGUGGUGGAUGGCUGCCCAGGCUACUUGGCUCUGCAGCAGGAACACAGCUUUGCUUGUCCAGGCCCAGCAGAGCCAGGGCAGGAUGAAGAGAGCAGUUGUGUUGGCAGCCAGAGAUGGUCUGUCCUGGGUCCUCUCUGGCCUUCCCAGUUCCAGCUGGAUAGAUGUUUCCAAAUACUGUUUAACAGCCGGCGUCCACAGGGACUGGCAGAAGUGUAAAUGCUCAUAUUCUGCCAUUCUCUCUUUCAUAUGUAGAAGUAGCACAGGGCAUCCUGUUUGGUUCCUCAGCCGUCCACACAGUGGGGCUGGAGCCAACCCUGCUCUUCUGUGGGAGCAGAGGUCUGCAGUGCUGUCACUAGCAAGGAGACCCCCAACUUGGGCCCUCAGCACUGUGCAGAGCCUGGCAAGGGGAAAGGACAGAAAAAGAGAUCUUGGCUCUUCUCCCUCCCCAGUUGAAGCGGGUGAGGGGCUGCAAAGGGCUUUGCAGCAGGGAGAAGAAAGACGGCGUUCAUGGGAGCUGCGUGACUCCGAGCCGGUGGGCUGGGAGCCAGGCACGUCAGCACCUGAUGGGCCAGCACAGGAGGAAGGGCUUCUUGCUCCUCACUCCUCACCUUCUCCAGAGGAGCCCUUUCAAGGGGUCCCAGCCCAGUGUAGUGAGGUCUCUCCUGCCCCACUGUCCUGCCUGUUCUGGGCUGGACUGUUGCCUGUGUGGGGCAUUGCACUGGCACAGUGUGCCGGGGAGGUCUUUCCCCAGGAGCCUGGUUUGUUCACCACUACCCUGGACCAUGCUGGCUGAGACAGCUGCCCAGGAUCCCUCCUGCCUGCCUGUGUCCUCCACCAGAUUUGGGGGACCUGGAUCAGUCCUUUUGCCAUCUUUGCAGACUCUGCAAAGAAGCAGCCUUCACUUGGGCACUGGCUGUGUGGAGGCUGCAUGGAUCAUUCCUAGAGAGAGUGCAGGGCUAGGGCUGCGGGGGUGACCCUGGGGGCUGGACAGUCAUCACCUCUCACAGCAGAUCCCCACCCCUUCUCCAGGCAGGCUGGAGCCUGCCUAGAGAAUCCUUCCUCCUGAAGCCACUGGACAGAAGAGCCCUUGUGCAGCCUUUUUGGAGAGGUGCCUGGUACCUGCUGAGGCAGACUUUCCACUUCCCAGUGAACAGAUGCCUGGCUGUGGCUGGGCCAUAUGGUGUUUUGGAUUCACUGCUCUCCCAGCACAACCUCUCCUCCAGCCUUACAAGCAGGUCAUGUAGAAGAGCAGAUUUAAUGUGAAGAUGUGAAGAUGGGACUCUUGGUGUUUAUGCGUAACCUGCUGCUAGCCCUCUGCCUCUUUCUGGUACUGGGAUUUCUGUACUAUUCUGCUUGGAAGUUGCACCUUCUCAGAUGGGAGGAUUCAAAUUCAGUGGUUCUUUCCUUUGACUCCGUUGGACAUACAAUAGGCUCAGGAAGGAGAGAGAGAAAAACUGUGGCUAUUGUGCUUCCGCUGUCCAUCCCAUCUCACCUUGCUGCAGACCCAGGAAAAGGCAGAGCCCAGAAAGAACCCACAGAAACCAUGGCAGCUCCAGGUCCAGCCAUUCCCAAAUAUGACAAACUUGGCUUUCUCCUGAACCUGGACUCAAAAUUGCCUCCAGAACUGGCAUCAAAGUAUGCCAAUUUCUCUGAGGGAAUGUGCAAGCCAGGCUAUGCAUCAGCGCUCAUGACUGUCAUCUUCCCAAAGUUCUCAAAGCCGGCACCAAUGUUCUUGGACGAUUCCUUCAGGAAAUGGGCACGUAUCAGGGACUUUGUACCCCCCUUUGGAAUUAAAGGACAAGAUAAUCUGAUCAAAGCCAUCCUGUCAGCAACCAAAGAUUAUCGUCUAACUCCAGCUCUUGACAGUCUCAGCUGCCGGCGAUGUAUUAUUGUGGGAAAUGGUGGAGUACUUGCAAAUAAGUCAUUGGGGUUAAAAAUUGAUGACUAUGAUGUUGUUGUCAGGCUGAACUCGGCUCCAGUGAAGGGCUUUGAAAAAGAUGUGGGUGGCAAGACAACGCUCCGGAUCACGUAUCCUGAAGGUGCAAUCCAGAAAAUGGAGCAGUAUGAGAAGGAUUCCCUGUUUGUUCUGGCAGGAUUCAAAUGGCAGGAUUUCAAGUGGCUGAAAUACAUUGUUUACAAGGAGAAAGUGAGUGCCUCUGAUGGCUUUUGGAAGUCAGUGGCAACCCGUGUCCCAAGGGAGCCUCAUGAGAUCCGUAUCCUGAAUCCCUACUUCAUCCAGGAGGCAGCUUUCAGCUUCAUCGGACUGCCUUUCAACAAUGGCCUGAUGGGCAGAGGGUCCUGGACGCACAACAUCCAGCGGGAGAAGGAAUUUCUGAGAAAGCUGGUGAAAGCCCGAGUCAUCACUGACCUAACCAGUGGGAUCUGAGUGGCUGCAGCCACUGCGUCCAAGGGAGGAGACGAAGACACGCUGCAGCUCUGGGAGCAGGCACUGGCAGCCCCCUGCAAGAAUCCCACCUCACUGAAGACACACAGAGAUGCCCAGGUGCUCUGGGAAGACCCUUUUGCAUUGCCAGUCUGCACGAGGGUUACAUCUCCCACCUCCAGGCCUAGAGCUGGCAGGAGGUGGGCAAGGGGCUGAGUGGACAGUUCUUGAACUCUGCAUCACAGACAGAUCUUCUGCAUCCUGAAUUAGACAGGAAAGACUCAGGAGAGAGAAGAAAGGUUUGUGAAUACAAUGAUUAGUGCCAAAUGGGAGGUGAUGCUGCCCCAAGGCAGCAAAGCCUGAAUGUACAAAGUAUUAUUUUUUAAAAGACUCUUCUGGAACCAUACUAGAAAUACCAAGGUACGAGGCAAAGUCUGCUUGCACACAGCCCUGUGAAAAACCUGGUCUCUUCGUGCUCCAUCUGCAUUGUCACCAGCCUCUGACCUUUCCCCAGGAAAACAAAUCCAUCCAAAACUUCGGUGUCAUUGGUGCUGCUAUGAUUCGAAGGGAGAAUAAUGGCUUCCUCUCAAUCUCCACUUGGAGCUUCUCGAUGGAGAUGAGCAUGGGUUUGUUUUUCUGCAUUUUUCCUCGCAUCCUCCACAGAGGCAGCAACAGCAGCCACUGACUUGGCUGUGUUUUCCAUAGCCAUUUGCUCUGCCUCUGCCCUGACCCCAAGGAGGAGCAGGGAGCCGUGGCUUUCUCUGCCUGCAGCAGAUCCUUCCCACCUUCCUGCCUGUCACGAUGCAGAGGAGCCUGCCCCGUUGUGCUGAAGGCUUUCAGGCCUUUUGGUUUGUGCCUGCUGUGCAGGGCCCCUGAAGAGUCCGUGCAGACUUGUGUCACUGUUUCUGGACAGCAUCUUGCUUUGGUUUUGUGUGGGAGGGGAGUAAUUUAUUCUUUGGAAGGAGGUCAGAUCUUGAGCAGAGAUCUCAAGCUUUACAGUUUGAGAGCAGACUGCUGAAGAUGUUUGUUUUCCGUUCCAGACUCAAUCAUGUUCCCUAUUUAAGCGACGUGUGACCUCAAUGAUGAUGGAACCUGAUGGGAACUCUCACCCUCUGCUCGGCCCCUGCUCACUCCAUUUCCAAGCUCCUCCCGUGCUGCUCUAGCACUGCUGCUCCUCCUGCUCUCAGGAGCAUGUCCUUCCUUUGCCCUCUUGGUCCCACGAUGCACUAUUUGCACAUUUGAUUUGUAUACGUAUUUCAGAGGAGCUGGAAUAAACUGAUCAAUGUGGCCAAGUGCGAGGGCAGCAGGGUGGUCUCAUCCACCUGAAGAGCGUGGGCAGAAGGGAGGUUGCCAAGAGAAUGAGCUGUUACAUGUGGAAAGUGGCUCCUGUGCUCUCUUAGCCUGGAGCAGGCUGGAGUGCACCCACAGGCACUGUCUCAGUACCUGAGUGUCAAGGCACUGGCACACAGCCAGCUGGUGCUGGGGUCAGUGGAGGGGGAUCCCAGAAGGGUGUGGAUUGGGCUCAUGGUCCUGACACUGUGUCUGACACAGCCCAAGGAUUGCAGUUUGCCUUGCUCUGGACUGAAGGGAGCAUGACCCUGACAAGGAAUGCUGAGAGCAGGGCUCACAUGGCUCCCCUAGACCAACUCUGCACCUGCUGAUUGCAGGGAUUGUGGCUUUGGACCUGAGACCCUCAAGGGGGUGUGUAGGAGGGGCAGGCAGUGACCCAGGCAUGGGGCAGACCAGCAAACAGUACAGAAUGGUAUGAGACCAGGCUGCAGGCAGAGACAGCUCCCAGGACAUGGCACUGAGUGCUGCUUACAGAGCAGUGUGGGAUGCCUCCCUCAGGAGCCUCUCCUGCCUGCUGUGCCUGUAGCCAAAGAACUUGCUGAGGGGCAAGUUCUGCCCAGCUUCUUGUUGUGGCUGCUGUUUCCCUUGUCAUCUGGGAGCAGCUCCAAGUUCCUGCUGCUUCUGGGCUGCAGAAUGCAUGCUGGGAGGCUCUCCUUCCCUUUACCCUUCCCAGGUCCCAUCCCCACUGCUCUGGCCUCCCAGCCAGGCAGUCCCCGUUCCCCCAGGGACCUAUGUGCCUCCUUUCAGGAUGCUCUGUGAGGUUUGCAGCAGGUUUUUGAGCAUAUGCUGUGGCAGAUACUCCUUUUAAGUAUCUCCCAGUUUGUUUUUCCUUCUUGAGGACUCCAUGGGACUGAAUUUCCAUGGCUCUCACCAGGCAACCCUCCCUUUGCAGUUCCUGGGUGUCAGCCUGGACUUGGGACCAUCUUCUGUUGAGUCCCAGCCAUGCUGGCAGGGGAAAUACUUGGUCUGGAUCUGGCUGAGGCUGUGGCUGGGGAAGGGUUGACACCUACUCUCUCUGUCUUGGUGCUUUAACCAGCUGCCAUGAGAGCCCUGGGGCUGUAUCCAUGGGCUGCAGUGAGCUGAGAUGGCAGAGUGGGCAGCUGCAUCUGGAAGGAGGAGGGAAUAGCCUUUGGUGUCUCUGCUGGGACCCCCACAGAGGAUUGUUCAAUUGCAUUAUUGAACACUACAAAGCUCCAGGUCACUUUUAUCUUCCAGCUCCCUAGCUCCAGGUCCAAGGACACAGCAUGGCCACUGCUCAGCCUUCCCUGUCAUCCCAGCUCUCCACCACAGCCAUGAAUAGGUCCUGAUGGGAAGUUGACCCUACAGGCCAAGGAGGUGACUCCAAGCCCUUAUCUCCACCUUGACAGGGGUCUCCAGGCAGAAGAGUCCAAGUUGAAUAGAUGAGUGCAUGAUCCAGAGUGACUGUGGUGGGUCAGGACCACCUGCAUGCAGAAGGAAAGAGCGUUUCAGGGACCAAGACUCUCCUCUGGCUCACCGACACCACAGAGCAGCCCGUGGCCAGGUGAUGGGGCUCCAGCUCCAGGAGCAGUGCACAGCACUGGGUUUUGCUCCUGGGUGCUGUUCUUUUGGCUGCCUCCCCAGGUGCACCUGCAGCCACCUCCCGCCCUUGAGACGCUGCAGUCCCGGCAGCUCGGAGCGGCGCGCGGGUCAGAGCAGGGUCAGUGGGACGGAUGUGAGUCUUGGCCUCUCCCUCGCAGUGACUCACCUUGUCAGAUCGGAAGGGAGAGCCCAGGGGAAUUCUCCACAGCCUAAAUAUAGAGCGGGGUUGCCUGGUGCCUCUGAUGCGCUGUGGUGCAGGAAGGCCACUCAGGUGGCAGGGAACCUGCCUAGAGACAGCCCAGGGAAACACAGGGGGAUCAGGGGCCGGUGACCACAGUGGGUUUUGCUCCAGCUGGUGCAGAGAGCACGUCUGGGGAGCUGCAGGGCAGCCUGCCUGUGCUGCUCUGGAGGACAGGAGGUGCUGGAGAGCUGCUGCUGCUGUGCUGACCACACCAUGAGCUGUUUGUGCAUUUGUGUCAGUGCCCACCACACUGGCAUUGGGAUCCCACCACCAGCUCACCCUGUUAGGCCUGGCCAUGCUAUGGCCUCGAGCUCACACAUGCCAAAGGUAAGCACCAUGGCCAGGUAGCAUGAGGCAGCAGUGGGAUCCAGCCCAGCAUUCCUCAUCCCAGCAUCUCUGGACUUCCAGUGUCUCCUUCCUUGGAGGGAGAAGUGGAGAGGCCCUGCCUGGCCAUGCUGUGCCCCCCCUCAGUGUGAGAACUGCUGGGAGCGGGGGAAGGUGUCAGGACAGGGCCAUCUAUGUCAAAUGGGCGCAGUUGGGUUGGGUAUGGGCAGAACUGGACACGGACAAGGGCUUCCAGAGUGUUUGGCAGGGAGGCAGCCACCACGCUGAGCUCCACAGGCACCAGCAGCGUGUGCUCUCGGUCCAAGCGUGUGUCACUCACAGUAUUAGAGACGUGUCCUCCAGUGCAGGAGCCCCUCUGGGGCCACUGCCCAGCCCCUCUGGGCUCUGGCUCCUUGCACAGCCUGCACAGGGUCUUGAAAAGGCCAGUGCAUUUGCCGGUACUGUACCAAGCCAAGAUGCAAGAACUCAAUGAGUUUUUAAAAUUAGUUUUAGUUUCUGCAUUUUUUUUUAAAUUUUCCCUCUAGGCAGGGAGGGUAAGAGUCUUGCAGGCUCCUCCAAGCCGGCUUAUGUCACAUCAAUUCAGUCAUAUCACAGAAGCAAUAAAGCUAUCAAACAAG